GUAAAAUGCAAAUUAGUUUACAUAGGACACUCGUCGUGUCGCAAUUUUCUGUUAAUGUAAUAUCGAAAAGGAUAUGCCAAAUGUGGAAGCUUCCGAGUGCCAUACCAAACAUUACUGCCCGUUUACUACAUUUGGGAUGAAAUCAUUACACUUCUAAUUCUAUUCAAUGAGUUUAUGGACCCGUGUGGUUUUACGAUUACAGAAGGGAUUCAGUCGUUUUCGUGUCAAAUCAAUUGCCAUUUGGAGAGGAAUCUUGCGGACAAAGAUCUAUAUUCCAAUGUGGAAAUUGUAGGAAUUCACCAACGAAAAAGUCAAGCACGUGGUAAAGAAAAAUACAUUCUUGUUUUACCGAGAAAAACCGCUUGUAGCUCGUGUGGAAGAAAGUCCUGUUAUAGUGUCAACCAUCUUGAAGAUAUUCUUGAAUCUUGGAGUGAUUUUGAUGGGGCUACUUGUGCUGGCCAUUCUGUAAACUCUAUAAACAACACCAUUGAAUCAUGUGGGUUUUUGACCAAACACUGGAGUAUGGUUAUAAACGAAGGGGGUCAAAUACAAACAAGGCAAAUGGCUACACAAAAUAUAUCGUUCUUUAAAUGCAAUAUUGUGGAAGCACCAUUCCUGAUUCGACGAAAUGUGUUUGAUAAACUUGGUUUUAGACCAUCCCAUGGGGAAGCUACAUUAGUUGACUUCUUUCUCAGAUCUAAAGGCACACUCAAAUUUGCUACCUCAUUGAAUUGUACUUUUAUUGAUGAGCAAUUAGUUGCUGAUAGAGGAGCCAUGGAAACAAAAGAGAUUUAUCUGGACUAUGGACUUUUGGGAUACCAUCACAACAUACUAAGGGUUAUUCGCAAGGACUCUAUUACUUGGACCAUGUGUACAAGAAGGGAAUAUUAUUGCCCAAAUAAGCCACAGAAAGAAAUUGAAAAUCCCAUUUCAAGGCAACUUUCACUAUUCUGUUGUGAUGUUGCUCUAAAUCAAUACUUAAUUGAUGGAGUUAAUGGGCUUAAUGAAGUUGGGAUAGACUACCGUCUUUGUCGUGGCACCUUGUUAGGUGCUGUGAGAUCUAAAAACAUUAUUCCAUGGACAAGAGACGUUGAUAUUGAUCUAACUCCUACAGACUAUACGGAUUCUCUGGGUUUUUACAGGCUACAAAAAGUGAUGCAAAAGAAACGCUAUGCUACCCCUCUUAUAUAUCAACUUAGAAGAAUAAUGCCCCUUUUUCCUUUGAAAACCCAUAUCCCUAACCUGUUGAAUAAUGACCUAUUUAGCCAAAAAGUACUGGAUCAAAUGAGAGGUUUUAUACCUAUCAGUAAACCUGAAUGGAAUUCAAUAGGUUAUGUUGACAUGUACGCUUAUGAAGGGGGUAGGACUGUGCCAACAAACAUUACUAUCAAUGGACUGAAUUACAAAACACAUAGUAAUCCUGAGCAGUAUCUCGCUAAAACUUUUGGUUCAUCUUGGAGGCAAGCCCAUCUUAGUGGUAGGUCCCAUGAACCACACAAGCCAUGGAUUUGGAGGUUAGAUACAAGUAGAGUGCAGGAAGACAUUCCUACCCUUGAGAGUUAUUGUAUCAUUUAUCAGAAUUGUAGCAUGGGUUUUCUUUCUAUAGUUUCAUUUUUAUUUAUUGCUCUUAUUUUUUUACCAAUUCUAAUGAGGAUCGUCAAGAAUAUUCUAAGCCAGCUUCCCUGAAAAAUUAUUUGAAUUAUAUUCUUAAAAUUCUGCAUAGUGAUCAACAGCAUGUUAUUAUUAGUGCGUAUAUGCAUACCAAAUGUACUUUUAUUACUGGAGACUUUCAGUCCAUUAACAAAGGCCUUCACUUCACAUGCAAUUUGCUAUCCCUCUGCCUUAUAUUAGUAGAGUAAAAAAAUAAAGGCCUUAAAUUCAGGUGGCCCAUAUCCUAUCUAGUUUUGGCUGAGGAAGGUACUAAUUUCCCUAUAUCAUAUGAUGAAUUUCACAGGGUAUUUGUUACACAAAAACAACAUUACAGGACAUUUAAAGCUUAGAUUGAUUAUUCAGACAUUAGGCCUGUACAACUGACCAUAAUUGCUGAGGGGUACCGGUACUUCUCAAUUAAGAAACACAUUUUAUCUGAAGCCUUUACUUCACCAGACUGAGAGUGACCACAAUUGCCUGCCUCCUCCCCCUUCCCUGACAUAUUCCAGCUUGAUUUUGAACUUUUGUUUAUUUUUUAUAAUGACAGGGGAGUAGUUAGAAUGGGGUGUUUAAUUCCCUAAGUUAAAAUCACAAUGCCAUAAAACCUAAGUUAAAAUCACAAUGCCAUAAGAUCAAAGCACUAUUUCACUGUUUACAUAAGUCAUAAUGCACUUGGAAUAUACAAUUAUUCCUUCACUAAAGCAUGCAAAUUUGUAUAUCGGUCAAUUCAAAAUUCUUACCUCCCAGGGAUGUU